AUGCGCGUCGCGCUCGACGCGAGCGGGUACUUUAGCGUGGAUUCGAUGCGCGCGCGCGACCCGCGCGCGUUCGAUGAAAUCGUCGGCGUGGACGUGCGGAAGGGCGACGCCGAGCCGGAGACGGCGGCGGAGGACGGCGCGGGAGAGCGGAUACUGGCGCGCGAGCGCGCGCGGGAGGUUCGAGCGGCGGCGGAGGCGCGAUGGGAGGAAGAGUUUGGAGACGCGAGCGCGAGCGACGCGCGAUUCGGAGACGCGUUCGCGAGCUCGAGCGGACGCGCGGUCGGACGCGGGGCGGCGAAGACGGACGGUAAGGUGAGCGAUGCGGCGUGGCGCAGGGCGAUGUUCGAGGGAUGGGAUGGGGCGACGGUGGACGGCGACGGCGACGGCGACGGCGACGCGCGCGGCGAGCGGCGAGCGGCGACGACGGCGGAGGAAGCGACGGAAGAAGCGACGUUCAUCGUCGACGUCGAUGAGUACAGAGCGUCUCGCGGGCGGUCGAGGACGUACAUCUCCCAGGCCGAGUACGUGUCGCGCGCGGCGGAUUUUGAACGCGUCAUGCGAGAGCGCUUUCUCGCCGGCGGCGACGACGGUUUCGAUUACCUCUCCGUCGACGCCGACGCCGCGCUCGACGCUCACUGGCGACGCGAGAUCGACCAGGACGCCGAGGACAAAUACUUUGACGAAGAUUAG